AACCCUCCAGUCUGACCCUGCCUCUGUCACUCUGUAGCUUUUGGACAAUGACUGAAUCGGAGCUGAGGCGUGCACCACGCAGUCAGACUAAAAGCUGCGCUUACUUCCCUUUAUGCCACCUCCAGCCUUAUGCCAACAAGCACGGAAAUAAGUGAGAAAUGACAACUGCAACUUUGAGCCAACAAAUGUGAAUGGAAGAUUUCUUUUUUUUUUUUUUUCUCUCUGCUGUAGAAGCUAAAGUGAGUUGAGGGCGUAUUGCAUACGGUCCAGAAUUUAUUAACGUCAAAUCAGGAAGAGAAAGAACGCGGGAUUUCAAGAGGAGAUGAAUGUCAUCUGAGCACUUAAGAGAAAGCAGCUCAAAGACGGCGGUGAGUUCAGAUUAUUUUCUCAGCUUUUCACCAAAGACAAGAAGCUAACUUUGUAAGAAAAAAAAAAAACGGCACCGCUUCGUCAAAGCAAGACAAAAAGGUGACUUUACCAUGGAUAUUCUUGGUGGUGCGCCUCGUGUUUUGGGCUAUCCACGCCCUGUUGUGACACAGUGUGGAACAGAUGCAAUCCUGAGGUGCCAAAUUGGCGGAGACCCUCGUCCAAAUGUCAUCUGGGAACGUAAAAAUGUUCAAAUUCUGUCUGAAGGACGGUACAAGAUUUCAGAGGAAGGAAAAGCAUACUUGUUGACUAUUGCUAGAGUUACACAAGAAGACGCUGGUCAGUACAUCUGCAAGGCUAGAAACAGCAUAGGGGAAACCUAUGCAGCAGCCUCACUCAAAGUGGAAGAGCUUCCUGGACAUAAUAGGGAAAUUAUACAAUUCAAGAAAAAUGGCAUAAAUGAAAAUGGAGACUUUGGGGAAAGUCUAAACGGCUACAACAUGAUGGAAAAUAGUGCAAACAAGAAGGAAAUGAAUGGAGAGCAUAAGGGGAAUAGCCAAGCAAAUGACCCACUACAAGAAUUUGAUUUAACAUCAAAUGAUAAGCCCCGAUUUCUAAUCAAGCCUUUGUCCCUGCGUGUGGAUCGGGGAGAGGAUGCCGCUUUCUCCUGCAAAAUCUGGGGCACGCCUUUGCCUGAGGUGACUUGGGAGAAAGAUGGGAAAAAGCUCAACGACAUCUUUGAGAGCUCACACUUUAGUGUGAGCAUUCAAGAUGGAGGCUGGUUUCAGCUCAAGAUACACAUGACGCGCAUGCCAGACAAAGGUGUUUACACCUGUAAGGCUGCAAACUGUCACGGUGAGGUCUUGGCAGGAGCCGUCCUUCUUGUUGAGCCCAUUCCAGAGCGAGGCGAGAGUAAAAUGUCUUCAAACAGUCACAUUAGCAGCCCGAGGUUACCAAAGCACAGAAGUGGACGGUUCAGUUUGUCCAAGCUGACAGAGGAGCCGCCCGUCAACGUAUCCAAAGUCAAAAAGUUUGUCGUGACAGAGGGGAAGCAUGCCAAGUUUCGCUGCUUUGUGACGGGCAAGCCCAAACCGGAGAUCAUCUGGAAGAAAGACGGGGUUCCCUUGGAACCCAACAGGCGUCAUUUGGUAUUUGAGGACAGAGAGGGUUACUACACACUGAAGGUUCUCUACUGUAAACUGGAGGAUACAGGGCUGUAUUUAUGCGCCGCAUCUAACACUCUGGGAAACACCCUUAGUGCUGUUCAUCUGACUGUGAAAGGGCCCACUGUGCGAUUCAGACGCCCAUUGAAAGACGUAGAUGUAAAGGAAAGGGAUGUCGCCGUGCUGGAGUGUGAGGUGCCCGAUGAGACGAUCCCAGCUGCCUGGUACCUGGAGGACCAGAGGCUGAUGCCCAGCAGUAAAUAUGGCAUGGAACAGAAAGGAACCAGGCGAAGACUCACCAUCCAUGAUGUUGGAACGGAUGAUGAUGGGGUUUACCUUUGUGAGAUGCCAGAUGGUGCAAAGAGCAUUGCUGAACUGGCAGUAAAAGGCACAAUUGUUCGUAAACUUCCUCGGAAACUGGAGGUGCUGGAAGGUGAGAAUGCUGCAUUCUGUGUGGAGGUGGAGAGUGAUGACAUGGAGGUCCACUGGUUUAAAGAUGGUCUGAAGCUACACGAGACACACCAGACUAUCCUCAAGUCUUUUGGGAAGACUCACAUCCUGGUCUUUGUCAAUGUGGCCUAUCAUGACUCAGGAGUUGUGACGUUUGUUGUAGGAAGAUCUAAAAGCUCAUCACGUCUCAAAGUCAAAGCAACCAGACACUGCCCCCCAAUUUGUCCUGUUGGUGUCAAAAUGAGCGUAGACACACCCAACUGUGCUUUUCUCACCUGGAUGCCUGCGUCCAACAGCCAGACUAACACCCGCUCCAUGUUUGUCCUGGAACACCAAGAGGUUGGUUCUCAGGAGUGGCAGAAAUGCUUCACCUCAGAGACCACCACCUCAGCUGAGGUUUCUGGAGACAGUGUUCCGUGUGAAGGUGACUAUCGUUUUCGUGUCUGUUGCAUCAAUAAAUACGGACGCAGCGGCCAUGUGGAGUUCCCCAAAGUGGUCCAUCUUGUUCCAGGGCCCAAGAUUCACAAACAUCUCCAAGGCUGUGAGGUGAUGGAAGGAGAGGACGCUCACUUCUUCAUCGAAUUGUCUACACCAAUGGUUGGAACCUGGUUUCUGAACAGCUCCCAGCUGCAGCACGGUGGAAGAUAUUCAGUGCAGCAGAACCAAGCAAAGCAUUCCCUGGUGAUCCACGAAACUAGAACCUCUGAAGACACAGCAGAGAUCACAUUUAUAGCCAACGGUGUGAGGGAUUCAGCUGUGCUCAAGGUUAAACCUGCUGUGCUCAAGUUCAUCCCCCAGUCAGAGCUGGACAGAAAUAAGAGAGUGGAAACUGGUGAUACCAUUGUGCUCUACUGCGAGGUCACCCAUCCCUUCGGAAAGGUAUCUUGGUUUAAAGACGGUGAGGAACUCCAGGUGAGCGAUGGGCUAAACAUCCAGUCAGAUGGAAAUAUGAGAAGGAUUGUGAUCCAGUCUGCUGAAGCAUCUCAUUCUGGAGUUUACACAUGUGAAACUUCAGGAGAUGUCAUCGAAUUCAACGUAGAUGUCAAAGGACCUCCUGUAGAGUUCAAUCCAAUGUCAGAGGAAGAACUGCAUAAGAACAGCAUGGAGUUGGAUCCUGUGGUUUUACUUUGCCAUGUCUCCAGAGAUGAUGCUGAAGUUACUUGGUAUAAGGAUGGUUGUGAGAUCCAGCCAAGUGACAACAUUACCCUGCAGGCAGAGGGGACCAUGAGGAGGUUAAUCAUCCGCUCUGCAGAAGCUUCAGAUGCUGGAAAUUACACCUGUAAUUCCGGGAACAACAGCAUAGAGUUUAUAGUCAAUGUCAGAGAACCUCCAGUGACGAUUGUUGAACCUAACAACGACAUUGUGAUGACAUAUUAUGUAUCGGAGGAGAUCAACUUGCAGUGUGAGUUAUCUCGGUCCAAAGGGAAGGUCUGUUGGUUUAAGGAUGGUCAGGAGGUGCAGGAAAGCGACAUCAUCCAGAUAAAAUCGGAGGGUCCUUACAGAAGACUGACUAUUCCCUGUGGCUCAACGGUGGAUAGUGGAGAGUAUGUCUGUGAAACAGAUGGAGAUUCUGUCUUUUUCCAAAUAACUGUUACAGAGCCUCCUGUAAGAAUCCUUUCUCCCAGUCAAUCUGAAGUGGAACUCACUCACCUUACAAAAGAGAGGCUGGAGCUGUGCUGUGAAGUCUCCCAGGUGGAUGCUCCAGUUCGGUGGUACAAAGAUAACUUGGAGGUUGAAGAGAGCCCUAACUUGAUACUGGAAGUUGAUAAGGCACAGCGACGGCUAGUUAUACCUCUAACAACUGUGAAUGACACAGGGGAGUAUAUAUGUGACACUGAAAAUGAUUCAGUGACUUUUCUUGUUAAUAUUACAGAGCCUCCCGUGACCCUAAGUCCACUCAAACCAAUGCUGGACAAACUAGAAGGUUUUGCUGGUGAACCAAUUAUUCUGGAGUUAGAGGUGUCUCGUCCAACGGCAGAGGUCAAGUGGUUACACAAAGGCAAAGAAAUAGAACAAAGAAGUGAUAUCACCAUCACCGAAGAUGGGGUGUUGCGUCGUUUGACCAUCAACUGUCCCACCCCAAAAGAUUCUGGGAAAUACACAUGUGAUGCUGUUGAUGAUACAAUGGAUUUCCAGGUGGCAGUUUCAGAACCACCUGUGAAGAUCUUGAAAAAGCCUGAGAUCAAGAACGAUCUAAAGUUCCUGGUUUCAGAUGACAUUGUGCUGGAGUGCGAGCUCUCUAGAGCCAAUGGCAACGGCAAAUGGUACAAGGAUGGCUGUCGAGUUCAGGGUGACGAAAGGUUCUGUGAAGAAGAGGAAGGUGCAUUCCGGUCACUGGUAAUCCUUAAUGCAGAACUAAAUGAUUCAGGAGAAUACUUCCUAGAUGUUGGGGAUGACAGUAUCAGCUUCAAGGUUACCGUAGAAGAGCCUCCAGUAAGAAUUGUAGGAAACUCAUAUGACCCUGAUUACCAAGAAUUGAUGGCAGGUGAUGACCUGAUACUGGCCUGUGAGGUGUCCCGUUCUAAUGCCCCAGUACAGUGGUACUGUAAUGACAAGCUUCUCAACAGCAAUUCCCGCACCUUCAUUGAAAGCUGUGGAACUCUGAGAAAACUUAUCAUUUCAAACAUGCAGCCCGCAGACUCUGGAAAGUAUGUUUGUGAUGCAGUAAAUGACAAGUUGAUCAAUAUUAUCCGGAUUCAAGAACCACCAGUUACAUUUGUCAACAAAGAGGAUGACAUUGUUGUGACGGGUUACGAAGCAGAGAGUGUGACCUUGACAAGCUAUGUGUCCAAAGAAAGUGCGCUGGUGCGCUGGCUCAAAGACUGGACACCAGUUGAAGGUGAACGCUUUCGAGAACUCAUGGACGGCCAUAAACGCAGUCUUACCAUUCAGCCUGUAAGGCGGUCUGAUGCUGGUGAAUACACCUGUGAUGCCAACACUGACCAGAUGCACUUCAGUCUACUAGUGAAAGAAAUGAGAAUAAAAUUUGUCCGACCCCUCUAUGACACCGUGGCUCAUGCUGAUGGCAUGGUGACCCUUCGCUGUGAGGUCUGCAAACCAAAAGCAGAUGUCCAAUGGCUCAAGAAUGGCGUAGAAGUAGUUGGAAGCAGAAGAUUCUCUAUUCGGGCAGAUGGUGUUGAGCGAAGCUUGACCAUCCACCGCUUAACUCAAGAGGAUGCAGGGCAGUAUGUCUGUGAAUCCAGAGACGAUCGGACUGCUGCAGUGCUGAGAGUUGAGAUGCCUCGAGUUGUUGAGUUUCUCACUGAACUUCACAACACAACUGUGCUGGAAGGAGAAGACGCCACCUUUAAAUGUGUUGUUUCUCCUGAGGAUGUUCGCUUGGUUUGGCUCAUGGACAACGAGCCAAUAGUUUUAGGAGAUCGCUUCCAAGCGAGUCGAAAUGGCCUGUGCCACACCUUGGUGAUAAAAAAGUGCCAGAUUAUGGACUCUUCCAAGAUCACAGCAGAAGCUGAAGAAAAAAUUAGCAAGGCCAGCCUAAAAGUUCAGGAGGCUCAGGUCAUGUUUACCAGGAAAAUGGCAGCUGUAACAGCAGAGGAGUUUGGAGAGGCUACCCUGGAGACAGAAAUCAGCCUGGAGACCGGUGAAGUCCAGUGGAUGAGGCAAGGGGUGGUUAUCCAGUCCGGUCCUCGACAUACUCUGACCCAGGAUGGCUUUAAGAGAAGCCUCACAAUCCACAACCUGACCCUAUCGGACCGAGGAACCUACCGCUGCGAGACCCUGCAUGACCGGACACAGGUCAAACUCAAUGUAGAACCCCGGAAGAUCUCCAUCCGCAAAGGCCUAACAGAUCAAGAAACCUUUGAACGGGAACCAGCCUCCUUUGAGGUGGAGCUGUCCCACGCAGAUGUGGAAGGCAUCUGGCAGAAAGAUGGCAUCCGGGUAAAGCCAAACAAUCAGUUUAGGGUGAGCGUUAAUGGGCUGGUACAUAGCCUCACCCUGACAAACUUAACUCUGGAAGACACAGGCACCAUAGUAUUCUCAGCUGAAGGGGUGCGCUCGACUGCGAGGCUCACAGUCAAAGAGACGCCUGUAGCUAUCCUGAAGCCGCUGGCUGAUGUUAGGGUGGAGGAAGAACUUCCAGUUACUCUUGAGUGUGAAUUUUCCAGACACAAUGUGGAAGUCAGAUGGCUUAAGAAUGGGUCUGAGCUGAAGCCAGGGAAGAACCACCGGAUCUACUCCAUGGGUCGAAAGCGAUUCUGCCAGAUCCUUCAGUGCUCUGUUGCUGACUCUGGAUCAUACACAUGUGAUACAGGCGAAAUAAGCACCUUCUGCUCACUGGAGGUUUAUGAGCAUGAGUUGAGGAUAGUACAGGAUCUUGAGGACCUCUGCGUCCAAGAAGACCAGAAUGCCGUGUUCAUGUGCGAAGUCUCUCUGGAAGAUGUGCCUGGGGAAUGGUACAAUGAAGGUCACAAGAUCAGACCCAGUAGUACCGUAAGGAUCCGCAACGAAGGGACCAAACACUUCUUGCUCAUGUGCAACGUUAAAGCUGAAGAUGCUGGAGAAAUCCGUUUUGUAGCAAGAGAUGUUGAAUCAACAGCCUACCUUGAGGUAGAAGAUCUCCCAGUUUCCAUUGUAAAACCACUGCGAGACAGAACAGCCCUGGAGAAGCACCGUGUGAUCCUUGAAUGCACAGUUUCCUCCCCUCGCUGCAGUGCAACCUGGUACAAAGGCAAAGAGGAGCUGGAUUCUUCAGAUAGGAUGGAGAUUAUAGCAGAAGGCUGUUCCCAUAAACUGGUGAUACACCAGGUUGCUGUGGAGGAUGAGGGUACUUACAGUAUUGAGGUUGGGGAGCAUACAUCCAAAGCAAAACUACUGGUUGAAGCCCAGACUCUUGUGAUGGUGAAAGAACUUGAAGAUGUUGAGGUGAUGGAGCCAGAGCCAGCCUAUUUCCAGUGUGAAGUCUCUGUCGCCAUCAGUAAGCCUCCAGUUUGGACUUUAAAUGGAUCAACCCUUCACUCAGGCCCUUCUGUCCGCCUGGAAGAUCACGGGACGGUCCACAAGCUCACUCUGAGGGACACAAACGUGGACAUGAGUGGAACCAUCAAGUUUACUUUGGGCAAGGCAAAGAGCAGCGCCACGUUUACGGUGAUUGAAAAGUAGAAGGAGCUAGAAAGUAACACAUGAAAGUAAGCAGAAAGCAAACAGGCUGAUCCAAGGAAUCAAGCUAAAACCUACCUAACUGAAUGGCCGUUACUUAUUCCUUAUGUGUAUUUAUGAGAUGGUGUGAGGCUAGAAAGAAUGGAGAGAUAUGUCAAUGUAUCAUUUUUACAGUGUAGAUACAAUUUACUGUUCAGUAUUUUUAGUUGACCUUACAAUAAACUACUGCAUUUCCACCAGAAUAAAACUAUUGUGAUGGUGAUACUCAAGAACCCAUAUUGUACCAGUGCCACUUUGUAAAAACACCAGAGUCCUGAUGUAAACUCAGUCGUUGCUGGUAAAUGUUGGAGUUUUUUUUUUUUCUUUAGAUGUCUAUUACAUGUCCAUAAAGCAAAACAUUU